UGCCAGUAUAAAUAGGCAAGCACCUCAACUCCACUUCACCACAGCAGGUUUUGACCACAUCCAGGAUUUUCAAUCUUCUCCUCCAGACCAGAUCAUUGUCGGAAACUGACAUCCAUCCUCUUGCUUGGAGUCACCAUGGCUGUCUCUGUGAUCCUCUUCAGAACCCUCCAGUCUCUGUCUCUGACUCUGUCUCUGCUUGCUGCCCAGUGCUGGGCCUUCGACCUGGGCCAGUCUACCCGCUGCGUUCCCAUCCCGCACCAGAUGAGCGUGUGCCAGGACGUGGGCUACUCGGAGAUGCGGCUGCCCAACUUCCUGGGCCACAGUAGCCUGGAGGCCGAGGUGGUGCCCCGCUCGGAGGACUGGCGCCCGCUGCUGCAGACCGGCUGCCACCCCCAGGCCAAGGCCUUCCUCUGCUCCCUCAUCGCUCCCGUCUGCUUGGAUACGUUCAUCCAGCCCUGCCGUAGCGUGUGUGAGGCUGUACGGGACAGCUGCGCCCCUGUGCUGGCCUGCCAGGGCCACGCCUGGCCAGAGGCUCUGGACUGUGACCGCUUCCCUGCUAACGAGGACAUGUGCUUGACAUCCCUGCCCAAGGCCAUGAGGGGGAACAUGCUGAAAGAUUUGCCUCAGCCUACCUGUCAAGACUGCCCUGCUGUGCAUGAGUUCCCACCUUUGAAAACACUGCUUGAUUCAUUUUGCCUGAGUGACUUUGUUAUCAGAGCCAAGCUGUCUCGCCGCCGUCUGCCGUCUGGUGAGCCGGAGUUUGAGAUCGAAGACCGCGUUGAGUUCGUCCUCCAGGGCCCGCUGCUCCCAUACGACACCAACAGCCUUCUGCAGCAGUGGCUGCUCAUCAACCUGCGCUGCGCUCACACGCUGGUGCGUCCUGGCCGUGCUCAGCUGUACCUCAUCACCGGAGUACUUAUGUCCGAGGGGACCGUAGCGCUCAAACAUAUGUUCCCCUGGCACAAGAAGGAUAUGAACAUCGCCACAGCCACUCGUAAAUGGAAGCAUCACAAAUGCUGAAAGGACUGUGACUGGAAAGUACGAACUCUAUCUCUCCAUUUGCUGAACGUCUUUUUUGUGAGGGCAUGAGGCUUUGAACACGGAGUCUGGUCAAAUGUGCAGACUGCGUUUCCCACAUGCUCACCACUGCCCCCCUCUGAUCAACUCAGUCACUGAAUGCAGCUGUUUGAGGAGAGAAACUAAAGCACUCUGUACAUAGAAACACACA